AUGCCGGUCUCGGCGCAGGUGCAGUACUACCUCAACGCGAAGCUCACCGCGACGGGGGCGAGCGCGCUGCCCUACGAUGAGAGGCUCAAGUUCGCCGUGCGGGACCAGCUGCUGGCGGUCGUCGAGAGAUACCCGUCGCUGAGCGUUCGCGAUGACCCGUUCACGCACAACGACGGCCGAACCGUCCACCUCCUCCGCGCCGAGGGCACCAUCCCGAUCUACUACAUGGGCGUCAAGUACAACAUCCCGCUCAAGAUGUUCCUCCCCGAGGCCUUCCCGCACGCGCAGCCCAUCUGCUACGUCACGCCCACGAGCAACAUGAUCAUCAAGCCCGGGCACUCGUGCGUCGACGGGAGCGGGCUGGUCCGGUCGCCCUACGGCGACAGGUGGAGCUACCCGAGGAGCAACCUGACGGAGUUGGCCGGGCUGCUCUCCGAGGCGUUUGGCUCGGAGCCGCCGCUCUUUGCCAAACCCGCCGGGUACGUGCCGCCCCCGCCGCGGACCAGCCCGCACGUGCUGGCCGGGGGCCUGUCCGUCGCGGAGGGGACGUUCAAAGCUCGCGCCAUCACCGCGCUGAGCGAUAGGUUGCGCUCGGAGCUCGACGUGCUUCGCGCGCAGAGCGGCGAGGAGGCGGAGCGGCUCCUGACGCUGCAGGCUGAGCUGGCGCGACGGAGGGAGGACAUCGAGCGCAGCCUUCGGGAGAUGCGAGCGGAGCGCGGGGCAUGGGAGCACCGCAUCGGGGGCAUGCAGGCGGCGACGGUGGCGCUGGAGGAGUGGGUGUCGGAGAACGAGGGUAAGCGGAAGGAGACGGAAAUCGCCGACGCGGCUUUCCGGCCGGAGGAUCCGCUCUCGGAGCAGAUUCUCGAGGAGAUGGCCAAAGAUUUGGCUCUGGAGGACGCGAUGGAUUGCCUUGACGAGGCGCUCAGCGCGAAACAGAUUGAGCUGGAGCCGUAUCUCGAGCUCAUCAGGGAGCUCAGCAAGGAGCAGUUCUUCGCGCGAGCGACGACGAUGGUGGCGAGAAAGGAGCAGCGCGAGAGAGGCGUGUCCCAAGGGGUCACCUUCUGA